AUGCCAAGAGAUCUCGGUGAGAUCUCUCGGGAGCCAAGCACACACACAGCCCUACCUAAGGUAGCCGACAUCAAAUCGUCCGGGCGCACGCUCGCCUACGACCUCAUGAGCUACUACAAGGGCAACCUGUCGGGCCAGACGCCCGGGAUCCUGCCCGGCCCGCCGCCCGCCGGCGAUUACUACUGGUGGGAGGCGGGCGCCCUCUGGGGCACCAUGAUGGACUACUGGCACUACACGGGCGACGCGACGUACAACGACGUCGUCUCCCAGGCCAUGCUGUUCCAGGUCGGCCCCAACGCCAACUACAUGCCGCCGAACGUGACCGCCUCCCUCGGCAACGACGACCAGGGCUUCUGGGGCAUGUCCGCCAUGCUCGCCGCCGAGGUCAACUUCCCCAACCCGCCCGCCGACAAGCCGCAGUGGCUCGCCCUCGCCCAGGCCGUCUUCAACACCCAGGCCAGCCCCGAGCGCCACGACAGCACCUGCGGCGGCGGCCUCCGGUGGCAGAUCCCCUUUGCCAACGCCGGCUACAACUACAAGAACAGUAUCGCCAACGGCAUCUUCUUCAACUUGGGCGCGAGGCUGGCGCGGUACACCGGCAACACGACCUACUCGGACUGGGCCGUCAAGACGUGGAACUGGAUAAACGAGGUGGGCUAUAUGACCCCCGAAUACCAGAUCUACGACGGCGCGCACGUCGAGACCAACUGCACCGACAUCAACAAGGCGCAGUUCUCGUACAACAACGGCGUCUUCAUCCAGGGCGCGGCACACAUGUGGAACCAUACCCAGGACCCCAUCUGGAAGACGCGCGUCGACGGCCUCCUCAACGCCACCCUCAACACCUUCUUCCCGCAGAGCAUCGCCUUCGAGAUCGCCUGCGAGACGGGCAUGACCUGCACGACCGACAUGCUCUCCUUCAAGGGCUACGUCCACCGCUGGCUCGUCAACGUGGCCCAGCUGUGCCCCUGGACGCGCCAGACCAUCAUGGCCACGCUGCAGACCUCGGCCGCCGCCGCGGUGCAGACGUGCACGGGCGGCAGCGACGGCCGCACCUGCGGCUUCCAGUGGCACAUGAAGGCGUUUGACAACAGCGUCGGCGCGGGCCAGCAGAUGGACGUGCUGGCCGCCGUGUCCUCGCUGCUCAUCGACGGCGCCGCCCCGCCGCUGACCAACGCCACGGGCGGCACGAGCGUCGGCAACGCCAACGCCGGCGAGGGCAGCGACACCCUGCUCGGCAAGCCCGCCCCCGUCACGGCGGCCGAGAAGGCCGGCGCCGCGUUCCUCACGCUCCUCGUCAUGGCCUGCGCGACGGGCGUGUUUGCCUGGAUGAGCUUCGGCGUGUGA